AUGCGGUGCGGGAAGAUGGCGGCGGCGCCGGCGGCCGGGGCGGCGGGUACCUGGGGCGGCGUGCGGCGGCGCUGCCGGCGGCUGCUAUACUGGGUGCCGGUGCUCUUCAUCUCCAGCAUCCUCUGCUGGUCCUACUACGCCUACGUCGUCCAGCUCUGCCUGCUAACAAUGACAAAUAUUGGAGAAAAAGUUGUGUGCCUGGUUGCUUACCACAUAUUUUUCAUGCUGUUCAUCUGGUCAUAUUGGAAAACAAUCUUUACGCUACCAAUGAAUCCUUCAAAAGAAUUCCACUUGUCGUAUUCAGACAAGGAAUCCCUAGAGAGGGAGCCUAGAGGUGAAUCCCAGCAAGAAGUCUUAAGACGAGCAGCCAAGGAUCUUCCUAUCUAUACACGAACAAUGUCUGGAGCAAUCAGAUACUGUGACAGAUGCCAACUUGUGAAACCGGAUCGUUGCCAUCACUGUUCUGUAUGCGACAAAUGCAUUUUGAAAAUGGAUCAUCAUUGUCCUUGGGUGAACAACUGCGUAGGAUUCUCCAAUUAUAAAUUUUUUCUUCUCUUCUUGGCUUAUUCUCUACUGUACUGCAUUUUCAUUGCUGCAACAGAUUUGCAAUAUUUUAUCAAGUUUUGGACAAAUGGCCUUCCUGAUACUCAAGCCAAGUUCCACAUCAUGUUUUUAUUCUUUGCUGCAGCCAUGUUUUCUGUCAGUCUGUCUUCUCUCUUUGGGUAUCAUUGUUGGCUUGUUAGCAAGAAUAAGUCUACAUUAGAGGUGUUCAGAGCUCCCAUAUUUCGUCAUAGAACAGACAAGAAUGGUUUUAGUUUGGGCUUCAGCAAAAAUCUAAGGCAGGUGUUUGGUGAUGAGAAGAAAUACUGGUUGCUGCCUGUGUUUUCAAGUCUAGGGGAUGGUUGCUCCUUCCCAACUUGCCUUGUUAAUCAAGAUCCUGAGCAAGCUUCCACACCUGGUGGUCUUAAUUCAACAUCUAAAAAUGAGAAUCACCUGUUUCCUGCAAAGCCGUUACGUGAUUCCCAGAGCCACCUUCUUACUGAUACACAGUCUUGGUUAGAAAUUAGUGCAAAGGCUGAAAAGGGCAAAGUUGGUAUGAGCAAUCCUGCAUUAACCAUGGAAAAUGAAACCUAGUUUUUCUUAAAAGAAACAUCUGAAUACUGAAAAAAAGUUCAAGAAAAAGCAGUUGUUGGAAGGAGAAUAUAUAUUCUUCCAAAAAUCAGCCCUACUGGCCAACUGUUCCUGUCUGCUCUUGUGUGGAUGUGCUCAGAAAAUAAACUGACAGAUAAUUAGCUGUCUCCAUAUCGCUGCUUGAAACAUGAAACAAGACAUACUACUUUUGAACCAUAGAAAGAAUGUGUCAGCUUAAAAUUAUUGUCUUUGAAUGCUAAAAGAUGAUUCUGAGUAUUAAGAAAUGAAGAAAGGGGGCUGAGGGUUAUUCUGCAAAUUCUAUGGCUGGUUUUACUUUGAUGUACAGCACAAGGAAAAUGCGACCUUCUGACGUAUCAGUCCAUGUUCUUGCCUUGGUUUUGAGAAUUCACCUGUUAAUUCAAAUUGCUGCGAGUGGCUUAAAAAACAAAUUUUUGCACUACUGGCUUUAUGGAGUGAGAGAACAAUCAAUGUUGAUGAUGAAUGAGUGAGUGGUGUGGUAGACUGUAUUUUGUUUUGCAUACUUGAUAAGCUAUUUUUGAAGGUAAGCCAACCUGAGUGAAGUAUCAGACUAUAUCUGGAACAUGUUUGGAAAGCAUAUUUGCAAAGGCUCCCUCUUCUCUCAGAUAUGCACCACCAAUAGAUUGCAGAGUUAUGGAAGGGGAAAAAAACUCCUGCGUUGAUUGAGUACUAUAGCUACAGUCAGUCACUUGUAAGCAGAACGAUAUAAAGAUCGCAUACAGAUGGCUAGUAUAAAUGAACCUGGCCAACUGGGGAUUUUGAGGAAAGCUGCACAGGGAAGCCCCAUGAAAGAGGGAUUUUAUUGUCCCAUUUGGAGUCCUUAUCCCUGCAGGGAAAGGAAUGUUGGCAUCUCACUUUGAUUCAAAAAGGCUUUGAACCAACCUGUGCUCGUGAGGGGCGCUAUCCUACAAAAUCCUAGUUUGCUUAUUCAAUAAUUGUCUUAUUUCUUUUCUCAGUUGUUCAUUAAGACACUUCAUUUCUUAUUGCAUAACACAAGAAAUAUUAAGUACGA